AUGCAGUCACACUGGGCACGAACAAAAGAUAUGAUGGCCGCCGGCGAACGCCUCAUUGAAAACGGGCAGUCGCGGGAAGAUAUCCAGCGGCGUAUUCAAGCGAUGCAGCAGGGUUGGGAACGUCUUCGAGCCGCCCAUCAAGCUCUUGGUCAGUGGUUGAACGAGGCAAAACAGGCCCAACAGUACUUCCAGGACGCAAACGAAGCAGAGUCCUGGAUCCGUGAAAAAAUGCCGUUGGUGAAAAGUGAUGAUUUGGGUCGUGACGAAGGAGCUGCGGAAUCGUUACUGCAACGGCACGCCCGUCUAGAAGAAGAAAUCCAUGCAUACAGGGCCGAUAUUGUUCGACUCGAAGAAAUGAGCCAGCAGCUCGCCAACAGCUCUUUCCACACUGCAACAACAAGCACUCAAGAGACGGAAGAGGUGUCCGUGCCUCAGAUUGAAAUGCUCUACAAGUACGAAGGAAACGGUAUGUCUGUGGGCAAAGGUGAAGUUCUUGCUUUAUUGGAGCAAUCGACUCCGGAAUGGUGGCGCGUGCUCAAGCAGGAUGGCACUGAAGGAUUCGUCCCGGCCAAUUACUGUAGGAAAGUGCCGGGAGAAUCGGUGACUGUCACGCAAACAACUACACUAACGAAAGCACAUGCCGAUGUUGUGGACGGCAAGCGUGCUAUUGUUGACCGACAGAAGAUGAUCUCCUCGGAUUACCGACAACUGAAUAGUUUGGCAGAGGUGACUGUCACGCAAACAACUACAACAACGAAAGCACAUGCCGAUGUUGUGGACGGCAAGCGUGCUAUUGUUGACCGACAGAAGAUGAUCUCCUCGGAUUACCGACAACUGAAUAGCUUGGCAGAGGUCCGACGACGUCUCCUUUCCGAUAAUAUCAAGUUGAUGAGGUUCUAUCGUGAAUGCGACGAGUUCGAGGGUUGGGCCCGCGAGACCGAAGCUGCGCUUGCGGAUCAGCCGUCAGUGGAGCAUGUUAAGGCAUUCCGUAAGAAAUUCGAUCGCCUCGAAGCAGACAUGAAGGCAAUUGGUGGCACACAAUUGAAACACAUCAAUGUAAUGGCAGAUGAACUGAUUGGUGAAGGCCACAGUCAGUCAAGGCAGAUUGAGGCACGUCAAAGAAAGGUCAACGCUUUAUGGGCGGAUUUGGAACGUUUACGUGCCCAACGAGCUGCUAAACUCGAGACAACUGAGCGAGUUGCAGACUUCGAUUCAUCCUGCGAGGAUGCUAGAGAAUGGAUGCAGGUUUGUAGGCUUUUCGAAUUUCUCGCCUUUUAA